CAAGAUGGUAGGGAUGCCCCACCAUCUUGCCCCAACGCGCACUUUUCAUACUGACUGCAAACACGGGUCAACUUUAUUUCAAAACUAAACAAUUUCAGUCUUAGAGGUUACUUCGAAUACUAUAAUAUCUUCAUCUAAAAGUUAUGACCAUCGAGAGGAAUGCUGGAGAUUUUUUAUCCAGGGACAGAAAAAGGGGAGGAAGACGUUGCUAUGGCUACAGGAUCCCGACCCUAUAGAGCCAAUUUUUGGAUGUCAAUAAUACUGUUCUAUGGUCAUUUUACUUGAGAAAACGGCGUAAGAAGUGAUAUUUUCAGAAUCAUGGGAUGUGAUCUAGUACACGAUUUACUUGGCGAUCUUUCUGGAAAAAUCGGCAGAUUAAUCUCUCGACAUCCAAUUUAUUUCGUUAUCCUGCCUUUAUUAAUUGCCUGUGGUUUAUCCAGUGGUCUUUACAAAAUAAAAAUAUUAAAGGAUUACGAGAAACUUUACAUCCCGAAAAAUGCGAGAAGUCUUCAAGAAAGAAAAAUGGUAGACGAUUUGUUUCCUAUGAAUUUAUCAAAGAACUUUGACAUGAUGAGAAUGUCUAAAUUAGGAAGAUUAGGAAUGGUUAUAAUUACUCCACGUGAUAAUGAAACUAUUCUAAGAAAAGAAUUACUUCAGAGAGUCGAACAAGUAGAUAAAUUGAUACAUAAUAUAACUAUAGAACAUGACAAACGAAAACUUAAUUACAGACAUAUAUGCGCAAGAAGUUCGAAAGUAUGCUACCAAAAUGGGAUUAUUUACAUGAUCAAAAAUAAGAACUUUAAUUUCGAACGAAUACCAUAUCCACUACAAUUGGAUUCCCUAACUUAUCAUUAUAUAGCUGUGCCCAUAAGCGUAGGUGGUGUCCAGUUGGACGAAGAUGGCUUCGUUUCUUAUGCAAAAGCAGUUCGUUUGAUGUACUUCUUGGACGAUGGUACAGCUACUAAACGCAAACUUGCAGAAGAAUGGGAAAGCGAAUUUUUAAAAAUAGUUAAUGCACUUAGAUAUGGAGAAGUAGAAGUGACCGCAUUCUCCAUACUGUCCAUAGAAAAUGAAAUUCAUAGAAUCACAGAACAUGGAUUACCUUACGCUUGCGUCGCAGUUCCUCUCAUGAUUAUCAUAUCUGUAAUUACUUGCAUGAUGUUCGACUGGGUAAGAAGCAAACCUUGGCUGGGCAUUUCUGGUUUCUUGACUUCAAGUAUGGCGGUUGGUAGUACUUUUGGAAUGUUCGCUUAUUUGAAUGUGGAUUUUACUGAUGUAAAUACUGCAAUUGCCCUCAUAAUUUUCGUUCUAGGAAUGCACAAUUCUUUUAUAUUUUUAACCGAGUGGAGAAGCACCGGAAGUAAUCAUAGCGUUGAAAAAAGGAUGGGUGAUACCUACUCUCAAGCUGUUCCCAUGAUUUCUGUUUCGUGCCUGACUUUAGGAAUCAUCUUCGUGCUAUCAUGUGCUCUGCCGUAUUAUGUCAUCCAAGUGUUUUCUUUCUAUGCUGUUACUGCCAUAAUAUUUACGUAUAUUUAUGGGAUGACAUUUUUUGGUGGAUGCAUGGCUCUCAGUGGAUAUCGUGAAGAAACCAAGCUUCAUCCCAUUACGUGUUUACCCAUAAAACCUCUCUGCCUUUCCGAAAAGCGAAAUCCUUUAUUCCGAUGGUUCUGUACUGGUGGCAAUGCAGCUUCAGAUUACGAAGAUAAUCAAAAAGAGCCAAAAAAUGAGUGUAUGGUGUUCUUCCAAGAGAAAUUGGGCCGUUUAUUAAAAUAUAGAAUGACAAAGAUAGUUGUUGCAACAGCGUUUGCUGCUUAUCUUAUUAUCGCAGGAUGGUUAAUCACUCGAAUCAAAUGUGGUUUGGAUUACAGCAAUCUCUUUCCAUCCAAUACUUACAGUUCCAGAUUUGUAAAACUAUUCUACAAAUAUUUUACUGACUAUUCUCAAAGACUUCAAGUAAUCGUAAAUACUCAGCUGGAAUAUUCUGAACCGGAAGUGCAAGCAAAAUUUAACGAACUGGUUCAAAGGUUCGAAAAUGCCACUUAUGCUGGAGAACAAGCGCUGACAGAAUCGUGGUUAAAGUAUUUCUACAUAUUCGUCAACAAUGUUACAGGGAUGUUUGUACUUUACGCUCAUAACCUACGAAAAAAGUUUGAAUUUUUAGAUGCCAUCAAGAAUUAUUUUCUGAAAUUAGAAACUGCGGUUGGAUUAAGUUAUGAUAUACACUUCAAUUCCAAUGCUUCCGAUAUCCUCUAUAGUCGAUUUUCUAUACAAGUUGUUCAUACUCACGAUAAUUACAACGAAAUGCAAAUGAUGCAGAACUUCAGGGAUUUGGCAGAUAAUUCUGAUUUUCCUGUAAUAGUUCAUAGUAUGUGGUUCGUUAUAUACGAUAUUUUCCUCGGAAUCAAGAGUACUUUCUUCCAAUUUUUUGGCACCACAUUACUUGCUAUGAUUGCUACUUUCUUCGUAUUCGUUCCUAAUUUAGCUUGCACAUUCUGUGUUUUCUUAAGUUUCGUUUCGAUACAAUUAGGUGUUGUAGCUUAUGCUUCUCUAUGGAACAUUAAAUUUAAUGCCGUAUCAGUAUUUAGCCAGAUUGGUUGUAGCAUAGUACCUAUUUUAUUCUGUUUACAAAUACCGUAUGUAUAUCAUAAGAUAGAAGGAAAAAGAAAAGUUAAAAAAACACUAUAUUACGCAGGCAUGCCAAUUUUUCAAUCAUCCAUAUCAACAUUAAUAGGACUAUUUGUUUUGUCAUUUGUUCCAAUACCAAUUUUUCCAAUUUUCUUUAAAGUUUCGUUUCUUGUAAUUUUGAUAACAGUAUUUCAUGCAUAUUUCGUCGUACCGACAUUACUGUUAUUUUACGAGGAUCUAUUCCCUCAUACUAAAAUUAAAAGAUCUUUCCAUAAAACUAGCCUCAGAAAUAGUUUUAGAAAAAGUAGCAUUACAUCUACAUUUAAAUCUAGUAUAAAAUCGAAGAAAGAACCGGAUGAGGAUAUGACACCCAUGUCUGGUUUCCACGAAGAAGAUGAAGAUGAAAGUGAGGAAUCUGGAUUCGAACACUCUUCCAACGAACUUAGUAAUGAAGUGUUCGAAUUCCACGACAGAGACUGCAGUGAUGAAAGUGUUUGAAUUUUCUUUACUUGAAAAAUACUCAUUCACAUUGUAUUAUUUGUGUAUCAUUUGAGCAUCAUUCAGCUUUCUCUCCAAUGCUUAAAUGCUAAAUAUAUUGUGAUACGUUAAGAGAAAGCUCAAAUUGACUGUGAUUCCUUCUGAACUUAUAAAAAUUGCUCAUUAUUCAUAUAUUGUAUAUACGUUUAUGAAAGUCAUAUAAAUACGGUUAUGUAAUUGC